AUGCCCAUCUAUCAGUUACAUGAGCGGCUUUCGAGGAACAACGCUAACGCGCUGAAUAACUGGAACAAAAACCAACAGCUCCUGACUAUCAAAGCGCGCUGGACGACAGAUAUACAGAACACCGGAUCAAGGGCCGUUCAACAGCAAUGCAAAUGUGAUGCCGGCGCCCAUAAAGAAUCGACCUUUCAUCCUUCUCCCCCACUUCUCUCCAACUUUGCAAUGAGUUUCUUCCAAGGGGCCCGUGUGGUCUCUAUCGGACAGGGCACAUUCAACGCGGUUACGGGAAACCAGACAAACCACAUCUACAAGUAUAAUCGGAUUGUUGAGAAACGGGAGAAGGAACGUACGAUAUACGACGAGUUUCCUGACAUCCAACGGGGACUUGUCCGCAGACUAAAGGACCUUGACCACAAAGAUCGUUUGUUACGCUGGAAUGCCACGUCACAAAAAUACGAAAUAGAGUUCACAGUCGAAAGAUCGAUCAGUACCGCCAAGAUCCAUGGCGACAGCUCGAGUUUUACGGUAGUGUCGUAUAACGGGCAGGAUGCACAAAAGGCAUGGAAAAGGGACUUUAGACAGUUCUCCGAAACUACAAAUACGACGAAGAUGCAACUGUUCGGGAUCAACCAGUCCAGAAUACCCCUGCUGAUAUUCUAUGGAGAGCUUGUGCCUCUCGCCCAUUUUUGGGACAGGCUUGGACGGCUUGGACGAGGUUACGCAACGACAUUGGCUGAGCAUGUAUGGGAUUGUAGUCCAUCAACGGUGUGGAUAGAUCCCGAACAAGGAACUCUUGUUCGUGGACUGGAGGGGCCCGAUCACAAUCUGAGUUAUCUGGGCACUGUCUGGACUAGUGACGAGACGCUGCCAUCAAGCCUCGAAUUUCUUCAGGAAGAAGUUUGCUUCCGCUACUUCUCUCAGUUCCCAUUGGUUAAGGAUUUUGACGAAGGUGUCAUUGAUAUUCUCCACUUCACGUCCAUGGUGAAUAUAGAGAAAUCUCCGAUUCUCAAUUGUCCCCACGUCCUCUCUAGUAAUACGAAAUCCAUAAUCGCAGUUGGAAGUGGUGACUGGUAUGGAUCUGGGUGCCUCGGUAACCGAGUAGUUAUGCCAGAUGGAAGGACAAGAUUUACUCUUACAGACAAAGUCUACAUAUUUGCAUUAUUCUCCAAUAGCUUGGGCGAGAAGGCCGCAUGAGGCUCACAGGCUUUGAGUUUCUUUUUCAGGCUCGGAAUCUCGUUGGACGGAGAUCUCUUAUCUUACAAGCUCGUUGUGCCAUACAUCGACUUGAAGGGAUCGAUUGAAGACUCGAAAGAGAAACAGCAACGACGCUCACAAGAUCCGCCCAUAUACUUUUUUGUCCACCCGCUACGCUCAGUUGGGUCCAUCCACACCUGGUCUUUCGAUGAAAAUGGACAAACAUCGAUCCCGCGCCAUCGUUGUGAAUACCUUGGUCUACCCACCGAGCUUAGCGUGCACUAUUUGUCGAGUUACGCAUACUACUGGCCUAACGAGAUGUACAGAUCAAUCCACAGAUGGCAGAUUGCAAGAGGAUUCAAUCCAACCACUACCGAAUUUGCGCAUUACCUUGGAUAUCCUGCAUGGGAAGCUCUGCCAAUAGAAUCGAGCCGAUUUGAGGAGCUAAGUGCAGGUGUGUCUUCAUUUACCUUCAUCUGAGGACAGACCUCUGACUGUCCACCCUCGGGAC